AGAAUAAAUUAUGACGUCAUAUGAAUGACUGAUGACACUUGGCUACUCCAAUUUCUUAUGACACACAACUGUUGACAGUUCUAAUCUAAAUGAAAUCUUCUCUUCCGUCUCUCAUUAUGGGAGAUAUAAUUCACUUGAAUGUCGGUGGAACUAGAUUUUCGACGUCUCGUCAAACACUCACUUGGAUCCCAGAUUCAUUUUUCACCGCGUUACUAAGUAACAGAAUAGCCAGUCGUCGGGAUGAAACUGGUGCUCUGUUUAUUGACAGAGACCCACAAAUAUUUUCAAUUAUUUUAAAUUAUUUACGUACCAGAGAUAUUGAUUUGAAAAGUAUUGACAUCAGGACACUGAGACACGAGGCUGAGUACUAUGGUAUCACUCCAUUAAUUAGAAGACUGAUGCUUUGUGAGGACCUAACGCAUUCCUCCUGUGGUGAUGUACUAUUUUAUGGAUAUUUACCGCCCCCCAGUAUUCCAUUGCAAGAAUCAGCUAGUGUGCCUGUCAGCACUACAGACGUUGGAGUUCACGGAAGAACGGUAGCAUCUCUACGUCCGGAAACAUCACAGCCCAGCACGUCUCAAGCUACUCCAAAUCAAGCGUCUAAUACAAAUGGACCACAAAAUCAAAAGCCACCAACGUCUAAUCACACGAGAAAUUCAUCACUGGAUUACAGAUUGCCACAAAGAAGCUUACAACACUCACGAAAUCCAUCACUGGAUCUCCGACACGCUCGCAACAGUUCCGCUGAUAUGAAUAAAUACUUCAGAAAUGAGGUUGGUUUGGUAUUCGGUCCUCAUCAAGCAUCAGGCUGGGUGGAUCCUCUGAGAGUUCAGAUGAUUAAAGCUCAUCACAAUUGGAUUGUGAUAGCGUACGCACAUUUUAUAACAUGUUACCGAUUGAAAGACUCAUCGGGAUGGCAGCAUGCAUUCACUAGUCCUCAUGUCGAAGCGAUAAUCGAAAGAGUAGCUAUCAAUGCUAAAAUGGGCAGCGGUGCUGACGGAAAAAUGGUUGCUAUAUCUUACGGCAGUCAAAUACGUUUAUGGAGCGUAUCUGAAGAUGGAAUUAAGACUAAUAUUGGUACAUUUAAUUUAAAUGUACGCGUAGAGUAUUUAUUUUUCAUUGGCAGCCAAUUGGUUGCUUUGUCACCAACCGGUAAAAUUGGAGUCUGGCAUGCAAUGUCUCAGCACUGGCAAAUUCAAGAUGUCGUUUCAAUAUCAUCUUUUGAUACUGCUGGAUCUUUUUUGUUGCUUGGAUGUAACAACGGUUCUAUUUACUACAUCGAUAUGCAAAAAUUUCCACUAAGAAUGAAAGACAAUGACUUAUUAGUAACAGAAUUAUACAGAGAUCCUAAUCUCGAUCCAAUAACUGCAAUUUCAGUUUAUCUUACACCAAAGACAAAUAUUCUGUCCCUUUCUACAGGUCUUUGUGGAAAUUGGAUUGAGAUUGCAUAUGGAACAAAGUCUGGAAUAGUCAGAAUUAUAGUCCAGCAUCCUGAGACUGUAGGUCAUGGUCCUCAGCUUUUCCAAACUUUUACCGUACAUCAGAGCAGCGUUACCAAAGUGAGAUUGUCUGAGAAAUAUUUGGUGUCUGUUUGUUCGGAAUAUAAUCACGGUAGAAGUUGGGCAUUGACUCGAUUCCGUGGUAUGAUUUCAACUCAACCAGGUUCAACACCAGUAGCUAGUUUCAAAAUUGUUUCAUUAGAUUCUGUUGAUUCUUUGCUGAGUAAUGAUGCUGGUAAUGAUUUUGGGCCCUUUGGCGAACAAGAUGAUGAACAAGUGUUUGUUCAAAAAGUAGUACCCGAAACAGAUCAAUUGUAUGUACGAUUAGCUUCUAAUGGAAAACGCGUGUGCGUAAUACAAUCGGUCGAUGGAAGUUCCAUAAGCUCGUUCUGUGUUCACGAAUGCGAGGGAUCAAGUCGUAUGGGAUCGCGACCAAGAAGAUUUAUAUUUACUGGUCACUCUAAUGGGGCUAUACAAAUGUGGGAUUUAACUACGGCCCUUGAUCCUUCUUUUGAAUCUCAUCAAGCCAAAAAUUUUGCUGGUGGACCAUCGCCAGAAGAAUUAUGGAAACUAUUAGACCAAUGUGAUUUAAGUAAUAGUCAUUGCUCUACACCCUGUCUGAGUCCUUGUCCAGCAAUUGUUUCCUCUGGACCUAGAAUAAAGGCAAGCAAUGUACAGUUUCUUAAUCAAUUACAAAAUUCAGAAUCAAAUUCUGGUCCUAGCCAAGUCUAAAAAAAUUUUAGAUAAAUAAUUUAUUAUAACUCUAUUUACAAUUUAAAAUUUACAAUAUUAUAGACUGUCUAUUGCUAAGUA